AUGAUGGAUAGUGACAAAGGUGUUACUACGAAUGCUGGUAUUGAAGACCUUGUUCAUAGUGUGAAUAAUCGUCUUAAUCCAAUGAAAACAUCUCCAAAUUUAAGUUCAACACGUAUUUAUACUUCACCAUUAAUGGGUACAUCUGCUCGUACAGAUAAACGUCGAGUAGAUGGUGAUACAGGACCAAUACGUAUAGAAGGAACAGAUACAUAUAAUCAACAAUUACAACAUCAUUAUCAAAAUGUUCGACACAUAGUGGAAGAACAACAAUCGGGUCAAAUAUCAAAUGUUGACCAAUCAAAUUAUUCAAGGCCAUUACCAAGUACAAACCGAGAUUCCUUUGACAAACGAUAUCAAUCACCAUUAUCCACAUAUGAUUCUCCACCACAUGAAAAACAGCAACAACAACAACAACAACAACAACAACAACAACAACCAAAACAAAAAAUAGUUACAACAAUAACGACAACUACAGAAGCAAGGCCAACAUUAGCUAAUGAAACAUCAUCAUCAAUUGAUCGUUUAAUUGAACAAUCGACUGAAACAACGAAUAUUGAAACAAUUGAAAAUGAUUCUCAACAACCACAUAUUAUUGAACGUAGAGAAAAAUAUCAAGAUUUAUCUGAUUCAAUUAAUAAUGAAAUUCGUCGUUUGCCAACAUUUCCAAUACCAAAAACAAGUGGUGGUGCUACUGACUUGGAUCAAGUUCAAGCACAAAUUGAUCGUUUCACUGAUGAUCAUCAAGCUAUUCAACAAUUAACACAUGUACUUAAAGAACAUAAUACGUCAAUAACAAAUGAAUAUAAACGUUUACCAUCACAAUCGAAUACAACAAUAAGUCCAUCGAAUACGAUUCUUAUUGAUCAAACUAAUAAAACAAUAACAAGUGAAUUUACUGUUAUUGAUGCUUUACUUGAUAAUCCAUUAGGAUCAAGUGAUGAUAAACAAAAUAAUAUAUUACAUAAACGUUUUAAUGAUAUUCUAUCAAAUAUACGAAAUUCUGAAUAUGUUAAUUUAUUUAAAAAUUCAACAACAAAAAAAAUUUUAAAACAACCUACUAAUGAAAUUGUUAAUACUCCAGUAAUUCGUAAACAAACACACUUCAAAGAAUCAAAUAUUGAACAUAUUUCAAUUUCUACAGAACAAACUCCAUUACUUAAUACAAAAGAAAAGAAAAAACAAGACAAAAUAAAUAAGAAAAAAGCUAAAUCAAAAAAUAUUGAUUAUCAAGUUAUUGAUGCUAUUAUUAGUAGUCCUAUUUCAUUUUAUCUACCAGACUCUUAUUUAGUAAAAUACAAAGUUACUCCUCCAUUAUCUCAAUUAUCUUCUAUUCCGUCAAUAACAUCAACAGUUAAUGGUAUUUCAAUGUCUCAACAAUUGGACACCAAGGCUAAAAACGAGACAGUCUAUAACCUUGUCAAAAUUAUUAAUGACCUUUUUUUACAUCAUGCUACUGCUUUAACUUUAGCAGGUACUUCACCAAAAAAAGAAUUACAAAAACCAGUUAAACCUAGUGUUCUAAAUGAACUUGUUUAUCAACAACAACCAAAAAAACAACCAAUGAUGCAUUCUAAUCAAUCCGAAACACAAUUACAAUCAGAAUCAAUCGAACCUCGUAUUCUUUAUCGAUAUAUAGAUGAACAAGGAAAUGUACUUAAACUAUCAUCAACACCACCAUCACAAUUACGUGAAUUUCAACCAGAACGAUCACAACAAUAUUCAUAUCAAAAUACUGAACCAACAUAUAUUUCUAAUCAACAAAUAACUACAGAUAAUGAACAACAGUUUCGUCGAAUACCUGAAUAUGAGCAACGUAUAACAAGACAAGAUGAAUCAAGAUUACCAACAACAAUAACAAAAGAAGAUUCAGAAUUAAGAAAUAGACAUAUAUCACAAUUAAGUAAUCAAUCAUCAGAAUUCCGUCAAAUUAUACCAGAACAAUCACAACAAUAUUCAUAUCGAAAUAUUGAACCAACAUAUAUUUAUAAUCGACAAAUAACUAGAGAUGAUGAACAACAGUUUCGUCGAAUACCUGAAUAUGAACAACGUAUAACAAGACAAGAUGAAUUAAGAUUACCAAUAACAAUAGCAAAAGACGAUUUAGAAUUAAAAAAUAAAUAUAUAGUACAAAUAAAUGAAAAACCAUUACCAACAGUAUAUAAUAUACCAAUAUCAAUUGAACAUCAACAUACAAUAAAAACUCCUACUCAACAACAACGUAUACAUAAUCAUCCAAAUCAACAAAAUAUUUCAUUAACUCGACUACCACUUUCUUAUCAAUUAGAACAACAACAUAUACCAACUGGUUCAAUUAGUUAUGAUACAGAUUCAUCAAUUAGUGAACAAUCACCAAUGUAUCGUACAUAUGACUAUGUACCUAUACAUACUCAUCAUCAUCAUAACCGACCAACAUUACCUCCAAACACUUGUUAUUAUAAUCAUUUACCGUGUCAUACUCAUCAUCCUUGUCCUCCAUCCGUAUCUUAUGUUGAUUCAAAUAUAAUACCUGAAUAUAGUAGUACUAGUUGUUCUCGAAAUUAUAUUGAAAUAUUUCGUGAUGGUGAAACAGUCCCAAGUGAAGUUUAUUCAUUACCAAUAAAUGAACUUAUACGAACAAAUUAUCCUCAUAUAUGUUAUGAUCAAUAUGAAAAAAACAUUCCAUCAACAUCAAAUCGUGAUCUAUAUAAUACUCGUACAAUAGAAACUAGUCCCAAUCGUGAUAAUAUUUAUUUUGAUAAUUAUUUACCUCAAUCAAAAUCAUUUGAUUAUCGUCCUUUACGUACAAAACUUCAACGUGAACAUAAAAUAACACCACGUUUACUUGUUGAGGAAUGGGAUAGUCCUCAAGCAUCUUUAUCUACUAAUUAUAAUAAACAAAUCAGUACUUCAUCAACCGAUGAAGUUUUUAUUAAUAAUAAUAAUCAAAUAAACAAGGCUUAA